UCUCUCUCUCUCUCUCUCUCUCUCUUCAAAAUAUCUCUCCUCUUUUAAAGUUUUGUUGUUAGCCCUCUUCUAUGUGAAAUUCUGUUUCCCUCCUGUCUAUAAAUACAUUCCUCCUCCUCCUCCUCACUUUAUUCAUCACACCCAAAAAAUAUAUCUCUCUCUCUCUCAAAAAACAUGUCUCCCGCCUUGACCUAUGCAGCAUUUGAAGCCAAAAACGAAAAAGAGGCGCAGAAACGGGAAAUUAGGCGAUACCAAAAGGGAGUGAAGCAUUUAUGUGAGAAUGGGAUUUCGAAAGUACCCACAAAGUAUAUACUCCCAGUUUCAGAUCGACCCACAAAUGUUGGAGACCACCAAAAUGCAGAGAAUCACGGCCUCAAAUUACCCGUAAUAGAUUUUGCUCUAUUAAUGCAGGCUUCCAGUAGGUCCCAUGUGCUUCAAUCACUUACAAAAGCGUGUGAGGAGUAUGGAUUUUUUCAGUUGGUAAACCAUGGUAUUGAAAGGGAUGUGAUACUAGACAUGACUGAAGCAAGUAGAAGCUUCUUUAAUCUCUCUUUCGAAGAGAGAGCAAAGUACAUGUCUGCGGACAUGCGUGCACCUGUCCGGUAUGGAACAAGCUUUAACCAGAACAUCGAUGGAGUCUUCUGCUGGAGAGACUUCUUGAAGCUCAAUUGCCAUCCAUUGUCGGAUGUUCUUCCUUUCUGGCCUUCUUCUCCCCUUAACUUAAGGGAAGCAGCAGUGAAGUACUCAAAGCAAGUCAAGUCCUUGUAUCUAAUGGUGAUGGAGGCCAUAGUAGAGAGCCUAGGGUUGACAAAGACAGCAUCCGAAAUUAGUGGUGGUUUAAGAGAGAUGUUUGAAGAUGGGAGCCAACUAAUGGUCGUGAAUUGCUACCCAGCUUGCCCAGAACCUGACCUAACACUUGGAAUGCCCGCUCACUCAGACUAUGGCCUGCUCACACUUCUUCUCCAAGAUGAACAAGUCAAGGGCCUCCAGAUACAACACGGAGGCAGAUGGCUCACUGUUGACCCUAUCCCCAACUCUUUUGUUGUCAACGUUGGCGACCAUCUUGAGAUAUUUAGCAACGGAAGGUACAAGAGUGUGCUGCACAGAGUGGUGGUGAAUUCCGUUAAGUCGCGAAUUUCCGUGGCUUCGCUGCAUUCUAGGCCGCUUAACAGCGUUAUUCGGCCGUCACCGGAACUCAUCAGCGAAGCCAACCCAAGGCGCUAUAUGGACACGGACUUUGCAACUUUUCUGGAUUACAUGAACUCUUGUGAGCACAAGAGCAAGAAUUUCCUCGAUUCCAGAAAAUUGAACUCUUAGUUGAGGGGAAAAUAUAUAUAUAGCUAGACCAAAAGCAGUCUGCAAUAUAUUUGUUGACUUUUUGUAGCAACCAAUAACAAAUGUGUGUAGAAAUUCUUCGAUAUAGUAUAUUAAGAAUGAAUUGCGCCGAGCAAAAAGAGGAAGAAAAAUAAAAACGAGUUGCAGUAUUUUCAAGUGUCUAUAAACAUUUUUGGACUUGUCUUUUCUUAAAUCCUCGUACAUGGUAGAUG